AACUUUGCUUCACACUUCUCCUCUCGCACACGUUGUCUCUGCACUUAGUUAUUGGCCUCGAGGUACACACGACAAGAUGGGCAUCUACGUGGGGCCUCCGGCCAAGACGUCUUCUUCUUCUUUUUCGUCGUCGUCGAAGCCCCCGGCAGCAGCAGCACCCAAACAACCAGACUUGAACCCGAAGCUUGUCGAGAUGAUAGAGAUAAUGCAAGAGCGAGAAGCCGCUGAAUGGGCGCCAAUCGCGUCUGGAUCUGGUUCGGAGCAGGCUGGCUCGCGUGAUCAGGAUCCAUUUGAUGGGGAUUUGGAUUUUAGUGUAAUUGCUGGAGAAGCUGAAUUAGAGGAGUUUGAUUUCGAGGCCUUUCUGAAUGGUAGUUGAUCUGCGUCGGAGGGGAUGGAUUGGUUCUUGUCGGUUGUCUUGUGCGUAUUUGGUUGCUUGAUUGCUAGGUGAUUGGUGAAGAGCGUAUACCGAGAUGGUUGCCUUUUUAUUAUCCUAGCCGAAGAAUCAAUCAAUUUCUCGAGUUGACUUUUGUUUGAUUUCUAGUUCUUAAUUUACUUUCAACCAGAGCAUUUUGGCUUGUUUCAUAUGAAAAUCGAUAGUUGGCAC